AUGUCAGUCCCCGAAUCUUGCACAGUCCUGGUUGCUGGAGGUGGCCCAGGUGGGUCGUAUACCGCCGCAGCUCUGGCGAGGGAUGGUGUUGAUGUUGUUCUGCUCGAGGCGGAUAAGCACCCUCGUUAUCACAUCGGCGAGAGUAUGCUCCCGUCCAUUAGGCCUUUGCUGCGUUUCAUUGAUCUUGAUGACACCUUUGACAAGCAUGGCUUCCAGAAGAAGCUCGGAGCCGCGUUCAAGCUUACGGCCAAGCGUGAAGGAUACACCGACUUUGUCUCUGUGCACGGCCCGAAGGGCUAUUCGUGGAAUGUGAUUCGAUCCGAGGCGGACGAGCUCAUGUUCAAUCACGCAGGAGAGAGCGGUGCCAGGACAUUCAACGGCAUCAAGGUCAAUUCGGUAAAUUUCGAGGACUUUGAGGGUGAGUUUCCCGUGGGCGAAAAGGUCGCCAACCCCGGGCGUCCGGUUUCUGCCCAGUGGUCUGGCAAGGAUGGUAGCUCUGGCACAAUCAAGUUCAAGUAUCUGGUGGACGCUACCGGCCGAGCCGGUAUCACCUCCACCAAGUACCUCAAGAAUCGCAAGUUCAACGCUGGCUUGAAGAACCUCGCCAUCUGGGGCUACUACAAGGGCUGGACUCACUGGGCUGAGGGCACCAAGAGAGAGAACCAGCCCUACUUUGAGGGCAUGCGAGACGGUACCGGCUGGGUCUGGACGAUUCCACUGCAUAACGACACGGUUUCAGUGGGCGCUGUCCUGCGCAAGGAUAUAUUUGAGGAGAGGAAGAAGAGCCUUGGUGAGGGCGCUACCAACUCACAGAUGAUGAAUGAGUGCAUCAAGCUCUGCCCCACGAUCCAGUCACUACUUGAGCCUGCCGAGCUCGUUACCGACAUCAAGCAAGCUACCGACUACUCGUACUCGGCUACUGCGUACGCUGGACCCAACUUUCGCAUCGUAGGUGAUGCUGGCUGCUUUAUUGACCCGUUCUUCUCGUCCGGGGCACAUUUGGCGCUGACUGGCGCACUUGCGGCCGCAGUGACCAUCAAGGCAUCCAUCAACGGCGACUGCAGCGAGUAUCAGGCUUCUAAGUUUCACGCCAAAAAGGUAGACGAGGGCUACAAUCUGUUUUUGCUGGUUGUGUUGGCUGCUCUGAAGCAGAUACGAAUGCAGGAGAACCCCGUCUUGAGUGACAUUGACGAAGCUGGGUUCGACCAGGCCUUCAACUUCCUCAAGCCAGUCAUCCAGGGCUCUGGCUCCUCCAAUAUCACCAAGCCCUUCUCGGCAGAUGACAUCUCCAAGACGAUUGACUUUGCUGUCGAAGCGCUCAACUCAUUCCCUACUACGGAUGAUAAUGAUACCGCCCAGUCCAACGGUGAUGGCAAGCUCCAGCCAGAGAUGACCAUGCCUGACGAGGGUGUCCUGACCGGCUUCAAAAUCCUUGAACAAGCGGCGCCCAGCGCUGACACGACCAAGUUUGAGGGUACGGUCAUUGAUGGUCUGGUGCCUCGCCUGGAGCGCGGCAAUCUGGGCCUUAACAGGGUUUAA